GAGUCCAGGCUGGCGCUGCAAUCUGUCUGACAAACAGCCACUGCACAACUUGUCAACUCUUUUCUUGUCUAACUGCAGAAAUCGGAUUCGGUAGGCUUAUGGUUAUUUACAACUCUCUACUCUGGCAUCUUGUAUAAUUAUCAUCCUGGAGAAAGAGGGAGUCAGGUGAUACUGAAACAGCACAACGUGUCUGUGGAGUCUUAUUCCCUUUGGUCUCCUCUCCUUUCCUGGUAUUCAGUGUGUCGGAUCAAAAGCGUGGACUCAUUAAUGCUGCAGAAUGGCCAAGGGAAAGAAAACCAAACAGGCUAAAGGUAAGACAAUCACCUUGAAAAUGGCUCAGAACUGCGUGGAGUUGGCGCUGGACGGGAAACGCAGUCUGAACCUCAGUUUCAAGGAGAUCUCCGCCGUGCCAAAGUGCAUCCAGAAGCUUUGUGGCAUGAAUGAACUGGACCUGAGCAGGAACAUGAUCAGAAAGGUCCCGGACUUUAUUGAACAAUUCAUCAGCAUCUGUGUUUUGGAUCUGCACAGCAACUAUCUGGAGGAGAUCCCUGCAACUAUCGGCCGUCUCCAGAACCUGAUGCUCUUGAACCUGUGUAACAACCGCCUGACGAGCCUUCCCAGCGAGAUCGGCCUGCUGAAGAAACUCCACACGCUCAACCUCGGUCUCAACCAGCUGGAUGCUCUCCCCGCCUCCAUUGGUGCACUGAAAGAGCUCCGCCACAUCGGCCUCUCUGACAACCGAUUCACCCGCGUCCCCGGCUGCCUCGCAAGGCUGAACAAGCUGGAGAGGGUCAACCUGGACAGGAACCCCAUCAUCUCUGAGCAGUCACCCAGCCACGAGUCAAUCGCGAUAACAGAGAGGCUUUACCUGGUCAAGGAGAGCUUCCUGUGUGGGGACUGCCUGAAUAGGUGCCAGACUGAGAGGAAGAAGCUGGAGGAUGUUGAGCCCUAAUUACUGAGUAUACCCAACUUUUGUGACCCAGGAAGGCAGAGAGAUGUAGAGAUUGGUUUUAACGUGCACUACAGCACCAUCUGCUGUUUUAACAGUAACGAGCCUAAUUAAACAUCCACUAGAUUACAUGAUGCACUAACAUUGUUACAAACUGAUUUUUGUAUAGCUGGUAUCAAUAGACCUUUUUUACAGCAGCCAUUUUUACAUUAAAGUGUAGGGUAAACACAGGUUACCAAUGACACU